AUGGCGGGGAAGAUGACUCUAUAUAAGCUGGUAGUGCUUGGAGAUGGCGGCGUGGGCAAGACGGCCUUGACCAUUCAGCUGUGCUUGAACCACUUCGUCGAGACGUACGAUCCUACCAUUGAGGACUCUUAUCGCAAGCAAGUCCAGAUUGACGGUCAGUCGUGCAUGCUCGAGGUGCUCGACACCGCGGGACAAGAAGAGUAUAUCGCACUACGAGACCAGUGGAUAAGAGAUGGAGAGGGGUUCGUGUUGGUGUACAGUAUCUCAUCGCGCUCGUCGUUCGCCCGCAUCCAGAAGUUCCACCACCAAAUCCAGCGUGUCAAGGAGACAUCGCUCUCGGGUUCCCCCACAUAUCCCGGCUCACCCCUCAGUGUGGCAUCUGUUGGCUCCGGAUCCUUUGGUCCUGCGCCUGUAAUGCUGGUUGGAAAUAAAUGUGACCGAGUUACUGAGCGCGAGGUCUCAAUUCAAGAAGGCAGCGCUCUGGCAAAGGAGCUGGGCUGCGAUUUUGUCGAAGCAUCUGCCAAGAACUGUGUAAAUGUUGAGAAGGCUUUCUAUGAAGUCGUAAGACAACUAAGGCGACAACGACACCAAUCCGUCGGUAGGAGUGAGAAGUCUCAAAAGAACCGUCACCAACAAGUGUCUGGAAACAGG